AUGACGCCCAUGCCCACGCUAACGACGCACACGACGCCCACGCCCACGCCCAUGCUAACGACGCACACGACACCCAUGCUAACGACAACGACACCCCCAGCGCGGAACGAUGGACCAAGGACGAGGGACAACGCCCAUGACGUGGCAACGUCAUGGGCAAGGGGCACGAUGCCAGCAACCACCCAUGCACGGCACAUGAGGACGGCGACAAUGACGACACGUGAGCACGACGACGACAUGCGAGCACGACAAAACGCGAGCACGACGACACGCAAGCACGAUGAUGACAACACGCGAAGCCGAGCACACGAACGAGCGCCCACGGAAAACGGCCACCGCCCACCACCGCCUGCUGCCACGUCACACGAAAACCAGCCACCGCCCAUGAAAAACGACCCCCGCCCACAAAAACAACGACGACACGUGAGGACGACGACACAUGACGACAACGACAACAACGACUACACGCCGGGACAACGACACACGACAACGACACGUGACGACAACGACAACGACACGCCGGGACGACGACACACGACAACGACGACGAACGAGCACCGAUGA